CAUUUUCUCUUUGUUUUGAUGCCGGUUCUGAUAACGACUAAUAUUAUAAGAAAUAUUUUAUGUAAAUGCUUAUUUCUGGGGAAAAUGGCUAAUUUGCCUCCACGAAAAGUUACCUCAGCUAGCAAAUCAAAACAAGAUGCUUCUCCACUGCAAAUACUUUUGCAAAUGGGUUUUAGAAGGCAAAGAGCGUUGAAAGCUUUAGCAGCAACUGGUAACCGCAGUGUUCAACUCGCCUCUGACUGGCUAUUGACACACGUUAGUGACUCGAAUAUAGAUGCUGAUGAUCCUCGCGAGUAUAUCUUCUAUGCCAGUCCUACAGGACCUUUACUCUCACAACUCCUAGAAUUCUGGGAUAAGUCUAAGUCGACGUGUGGUUGGAAUGGAGCUCAUAAUUUUUUACCUCACAUCACUUUAGUAUCUUUUUUCAAGGCACCCGAUGAUACAUCUCUUCAUUUAGCAAAAGCAGUUCGGCAAGUUGUCGAGAAUGUGGGUGACCCACCUAAAUACACUCUUAAGCUCGAACCCUAUGUAUCACACAACUUUAUGGGCUUGUUUAUCUCUGAAGAACAUGCUGAGUAUUUGAAAAAAAUUGCAGUGCAAUAUGUCAAGCAAGUGUCUUCAGUUUUGGGUGUAAUGGUGGACACAUAUGAACAUUUGGAUGCAUUAGGAACAUGCUUUCCGUGGUGUGCAAUGGCACAAGAAAAGAAUCUUAAAUCAUCAAUAAACCUGGAAGCGCACGUAAAAUCUCUUCAUAUCACACUGGCGUACCAUUUUGAGGAAUCAUCGUAUGAGGAUCUGAAGAGCCUGGUGGAGGAGAUGCAGCCAGUCGAACACUCCAGCUGGGAGCUCAGGCUUUAUUCGAGGGAUCCACGUUUCGCUAAUCAUCAGGUGUACAAAGUGACUCAAGGUUAUUCGCCUCAAGCCAGCGAUGAACUAGAAUUGGUGCUCGGUGAUUACAUUUAUAUAGAGGAGAAGGAGUUCGAUAUUUCUCCAGACGGAUGGGUCCAUGGAACUUCAUGGCUCACUGGCUUAAACGGGUAUCUACCUGCUGUGUACACGCGACGCACCGCGGAAACUGACGCGUGGACCUUACAUAAGGCAGUCUCACUUGGAAACAACUGCUCGGAUUGUAAAUCUGAAUCGGGUUCGAACACCGAUAGUGAAAUGGCCGCGACAUAUCCUCACGAAGACGCCGCCGAUCUGGCAUACAAGAAGUCCGAGGAAACGUACCAGGAAUGGGAUAAAUAUUGGAGCGAAGUAAUGAAUUCUAGAAGCGACAGCAUACUCACCAUAACGCAAGGGUUGCCUAUGAAUUGGGAAUUGUCGAAGGCAGCUGAAGAAAUGAAGAAUAACAUAACGAACGGUACUUCAAAAUCGCGUCGUUGGGUGUUCGCCCUCCGCCACGGCGAGCGGGUCGACCUCACGUACGGGCCCUGGGUGCCGCACUGCUUCGAGAACGACACCUACGUGCGGAAAGAUUUGAACCUACCGCUGAAGUUGGCGCACAGAGCCGGUGGUAAAGGAGGGUACGUGAAAGACACCCCGCUGACCAGACUGGGAUGGUUCCAAGCGCAGCUGGUGGGGGAGGGGAUGAGGAUGGCCGGCGUCUCCAUCAAGCACGUGUACGCUUCGCCGGCGCUGAGAUGCGUCGAGACUGCUCAGGGAUUCCUGGACGGCUUGCGUGCGGACCCGUCCGUGAAGAUCAAAGUAGAGCCGGGCUUGUUCGAGUUUAAGAACUGGCACAUGCCCAAGGGAAUCGACUUCAUGACGCCCAUCGAACUGUGCAAGGCCGGCCUCAACGUCGACAUGACUUACAAACCGUACGUCGAGAUGGAUGCAUCUGCCGAGACAAUGGACGAGUUCUUCAAACGUGGCGAAGUAGCGAUGCAGGCCGCCGUCAACGACACCGAAAAAGACGGCGGUAACGUAAUAUUCAUUGGGCACGCGAUCACACUGGACCAGAUGGUGGGAGCGCUGCACCGACUCCGCGACGACAUGGAGGAUGUGCAGCCAUACGAGAUAGGUAGGAACCUGCUAAAGGUUCCGUACUGUGCCCUCGGCGCCAUGAGAGGCAAGCCUUGGGACGUAGUCUCCCCUCCCUGUCCCCCGUCUAUCAACUCUAGUUCUGGAAGGUUCGACUGGAGAAUACUAAUAAAAUAACGAAAUUGAAGCCAGUAAUUGUAUUCGAGCUAAAUUUCAGAAAAAAAAUAAUGCGACUUGAUCAAACUCAUUUUUCGAUUUUAUUGGUAUUUUUCCCUUUAUUUUGCAUUUGCUAUAUUAUAAUAUAUAUUAAGUCCUGUUACACCGUGUAAAGGCGCUCUUAUAUAAUUUUUAUAUUAAUUUAAAUGUCAAAAUAUUUUAUAAUAACUAAUUCUGUAACUAAAUUGGUUUUUAUAAUCUAGUGCAAACGAUAAUAUAUUCAUAUAUUAUUAUCAUAAUGUUAUAAUUAAAAUUACACUUUUUUACAAUAUAAAUUUAUAAUCUAGCAAUAUUAUUAUAUAAUUUUCUUCUCGUAUGUUAAUCAUCAAAAAUACAUUACUAGAUAUUAGAAUGAAAUAUUACUAGAAUUUUAUUUUAAUAUAAAUAAAUAAAAACGCACCCAUUUCAAAUAGAUCUUUUAUAGUUAUUUGAAGUUUCUUAAAAACUUUUGUUGAUAGUGAACACAUCAUUACAAUGUAAUAGAUCGAAAAAUUGACAUUUUUAAACUAUAGUACAGAAAAAAUUUGUCAUAAUAGAUGUUCUCGUCAAAUCAUUUUUCAAUGAGGUUUAUUUAUGUCGAGGAUCGCUGCUGAAUCUGAAAUCUCAAUAAUGUACUAGUAAAAUAUCAUUAAGCGAAAAUGGUAAUAUUGAACUCAAGACUAAAUAAUAUAACGUUUCCAUCGUUCGCUUUCAUUUACUUCUCAGUAUACUUGUUAUUUUUCCGUAGUCAUAACUUUGAGACAUUUAAUUUAAUAAAAAUCCUAUCCCAAAAAUGGCAUUUCAAUCAAAUUAAACAUGUCCCUGUCCCGCCCAGCGCCCCUAAUGAAUAAGCCAAGUCUGGGUAUUUUCUGCUGAGCACACAGAUCCCAAAAACGAUCAUAAGGACAUCUAUAAUACUCUCGUUUAAUAGAAUAAGGUUUUCAGUUUGGAAAGUUGAACUCGUGAAUACAAGAUCUUGUCUCGUGUAAAUAUUUGCUAAACUGAACUUAAACUUAGUUGUAAGUUAAGAUUUCGUGAACAAAUGCAAUCAGCAGUCUGUCCGGCGUUCCUCGCGUCAUCCGUUAAAUGUAAACAAAUUUUCAAAUGUAAUUUUUUGUAGUCUUAACAAAGUAAACAAAUAUUACACCUAUUGAUCGUUGCCAUUUUAAGUUUUAUAAUUAUUUGUUUCUAUUUGUUCUGAAUAAUUGUAUUCUAUUUCAACUCUAUGUUUAACUUAUGUGUACUCAUUAAUGUUAUAUGUAAACAAAAAAAAAAACGUAUUUAAUCACUUUUAUAUUGUGUAAGCAAACAGCAACAGAUUGCGCGUAAAUUAGUAAACCGGGACAUUUGCCAAUAUACAUACGUAUACACGCAGGUGCAGUAGAAUUGUUAAAAAAAAUUCGAGAAUUCACUUAUCAUACUAGUGCCCAGUGGCCAGUAUUUAUUCUAUUUGGUGACAAUUAAAAAUAUUUCAUUUCGGAAUUUUGUUAACAAUUCUAUUAUUAUUUUGCGUUUAUCGAAUGUGAUAAUCCGUUAGACUGAUUAGAAUUGGUUUUCUUUAUGUUUUUAAUAUUAAUAAUAUUAAUUAAUAAUUUAGAUUUUAAACUGAUAUGUGUUUAGAUACAAUUAUGAUCCUUUUUUUUUUUUA